GUCUUCCUUCUCCCGUGAGGCUCAGACAGCAGGUAAACGCCCCUCUGACAAGAACAAUUAAGAAAUACGCGGCAGAAGCAGCUUUCUAAUCUCUGAUCUCUGAUAAUACCCUCCCAUGGCCGGGGUUUAGCUCUUGUGCCUGAUUUUUUUUAACGCUUUCCAUCAUUCGCACUUCCGCGGCCCCAUGCGUGCGCCCUGGAUUUUUAUGUAUUCAUUUUGCAGGAUGGGUUAAGCAUUCAUUAGUUUUAACCUAGUUUUCAUCUGCACUUUGGACGAUUGUGGCUCUUUAAUGGACCCACAUGAUGCAUAAUGAUGAUGAUCUUUUGGGUACGGGAUCGAGCGCUCAUGCACUCGUGAUGGAUUAGCUGUGACUCCCCACAGAGCACCUGUUUAAUCUCCCGAACACUCCUGAAUUUGUUAGUCGCUUUUGACCUGCUGGAAUGGAAAGCGUGCUGAGGCCCAGGGUGUGCUACCUGAUCAAAACCGAACGCGGUUAUGGAUUCCACUUGCACGGCGAGAAGAAUAAAGGUGGACAAUUUAUCCGAAAAGUGGAGCCCGGUUCGUCGGCUGACCAAGCCGGACUGAAACCUGGGGACCGAUUGGUGGAGGUGAAUGGCGAGAAUGUAGAAAGCGACAACCAUCACCAAGUGGUGGAGCGAAUCCGCGAGGUACCUCAUCGCACCCGACUACUGGUAGUGGACAGAAACACAGAUGACUACCUUCACAGCUGCGGUGUGGCUUGCACAGAGGAUUUGGCCAUCGAGAUCGGAACCCUCUCCCCACGUCUCUCACCGAGAGACACACCGUCAACUUCGCCUUUACCCCGGGUGAAUUCACCCAAGUCCCCUCAACCUGACCACACACUUCUUGCUGCAAACUCGCCAACUUUUUCGAUCUCACAAGGCAAAAUUAAGAGGUCCUCUGUGACAUCAAGUACUGUGACUGACAUAGAGCUACAGAUGAAGGCCUCUCCAGAGCCGUCGACUGAGCUCCUUCCCCGCCUGUGUCAUCUGAUCAAGGGGGAAAUGGGCUACGGCUUCAAUCUGCACAGCAAUAAGGCAAAGGGUGGACAAUUUGUACGCUCGGUGGACCCACAUUCACCUGCAGAGAGAGCUGAUGUCCGCCCGGGAGAUCGACUGGUGGAGGUAAACGGAAUGAACAUUGAGCAUCUGAGACAUUCUGAGGUGGUGGCGUUCAUUAAAGCGGGGGAGCAAGAAGUGCGCCUCCUGGUCGUCGACCAGGAGACAGACGAGCUUUUCCACCGAUUGGGGAUCACACCCACAGCAUGCCAUGUCUACAAGGAUGAAUCAGCUGUGGAACCUGUGUCGUCUGCCCCUUCUCCCACCUCCACUGAAGCGCCAAUCAUACAUGUCACACUGACAGAUGCUCCCGUCACAAAUAUGUCCCCCAAACAGAGGACCAAUGGGAGUUGUGCAUCCCAUUCCUCAACCAGCUCUACCACUCAAUCAGAGCUCAGUAGCUCUGACAUGAGUUUCCAGGUCCCCGAUGAGGAUGACAGAAGGGUUUUGGAUCCUUUCAUGGACAGCGGCCUGCGUUUGAGUCCUACAGCGGCUGAGGCAAAACAAAAGGUUCUUGGUAGACGCAACAAAAAGAGGGCGCCCCCUAUGGACUGGAACAAGAAACAAGAGAUCUUCAGCAACUUCUAAUGUCACAGAGGAGGAAGCAUGCAAAAUACAAGCCUGAUUUGUGACUAAAAUGUUACUCAUACAGCAUAGUACUGUACUCGCUCAUGCACAACGAAGGACAAAGUAAUGCAAGCAAGUAUCUGACACUAACAUAUCGUGACAGAGUGAUAUUCUGGACCAAAAGAUACUUUGAGGAAUAGUUUCAGAUUUUUUUUUUCUGCCUGGCUCUAAUUUUAAGAUUCAAUAAGAUUCUUCUAGAGUUGCUUUUGGAAGGGUUACUACAGGCCACCCUCAGAUAUCAGAUUAAGGUCAAGAGAUAAUGCUGGCCACACGAUGAGUUGUUCUCUCUUUUAACGAUUAGAUGACAUAAUUUAAUCGCAUGUUUUACGGCGUGGAAUCGGAUGUCUUGCAUGAAAAUUAUUUUACUGCAGAAGUCAAAGUUCUUUUUAUGCCAAGGCAGGUAAUGUUAAAUACAUUAUAUCGCAGAGAUUAUAUUGACACCAUCAGGCACCCUAAAUGGUAAUCAAUGAUCUCACUCCCCAUUCUUCCAUGCCAAAACAUCUCUCCAUGACCUCAUAGCCGAUGUUGCAGCCAUGUUGGCUAUUUACCAACAAUUGUCUUCUGUCAAUUGUGUUUAUAUGUCCACUGCACACGUUUGAUCAUUGGAUAGAGGUGGCUGAAAUACAGCUAUAAGUCAUCGCAGGAUUCCACAUCACCUUCUUGGAAUGCUCGAGACACCAAAAAGGCAUCAUAUACUGUAUAUUGUUCCUGCUUGAUGCUCAUCAAUGGAUUUUCUUAAUACACCUUUAUCAGAACGAACCAGUUGGAAAUGUUCAGUUUUCAUUCCCUAUGUAAGGCCUUGGACUAUUUUGUGACUUUCAUCAGCAGAAACAUCCUUUUCCCCCAUUAUACAUUAAAAAACACACCUCAAAUGUGGAACAAAACCCUUAAUAUUAUAUAUAUAUAUAUAUUCAUAAUAUUCAUACAGAAAACUCAGAAAGUUGAGAAAUAUAAUUUUAAUGUUAAGAACCCAGACUUUAUUUUUUACCUGCAGCCCAAAAACAGACAAGGCUCAGGCAUCAACCAUUUAGCGUGCACUAAUUUAUUUCAAAACUCCCACUUUGGUUCAGCUUUUUGAUUUAAGCACAUAAGUGAUUUUAAACUCAGAAGCACAAUUCCCAUCUCCCACCAGGUGAGACGACCGACUGAAGUCAUUAACACAACAAAAACGUAUCAGUCUUUCCAUCAAACAUCAUGCUCUUUAUUAUGGACGCAAUGUUUAGAAAAUAAUUUUAAAAAACAUCCUCUUGACAUCUCACUUCCUUCCUCACUUCUUCCCAUUUUUUUGGCACUGGUUUGUAAAAUGUUCAAAAUAAGACACUAAAAUAAAAAAGACAUCAUUUUGUACAGGAGUUAAAAGUAAUUUGAUUGUGUUAAUAAGAGCUGACUGGAGUUUGGAUUGUCUUAUAUUUCAAGAUAAAAAUUUGAAUCUCAGUGGUCACAGUUGUGGUCAAACAGACUGCUAUGUGACUGCUUGUGGCAAGCGCCUGCAAAAUGUCAAUUAAAAAAAUCGCUUACCAUCAUAAAAGUGAUGAAAUUCACCAAGCCUCACUCUCUGCGAGUGUUUUUUAUUUCUAUUGCUUUUCGAGUGCUUUCCUACCUUUUCUUUGUUUUUUUUUUUUCUUUCAUAAAUAAACUGCUGCAGUGUGUAACGCCCAGUUGUAUUGAAUCACCGUAAAAUACAUAUCAAGCAUUCACGGAGUGAAAACACAGGCAGGGCGCAUGCUCACAGAAUAGGCCGGCAAGCUACUCACCCCUACAAUGAAAGUACACUUUCACGCAUCAUACAAACACCCUCAAUUAUUUAAAUCAUGCUUCAAAGGCAAACAACUUCUCAUGCAGGAUCUCUCCAAUCGGCGCGCAUACAUUCACAAUCAGACAAGCAAUAUGGCAAGGUUAGUCAUUGUAAAAGUGCGGAUUAGUCGCAGUUUCACAAAGUUGAUUUUAUUUGCCAUUUAGUAUUGGGAUAUUUUUUUUUUUUUUGCAAGUCAAAGACACAUAAGUUCACAGUGCAGAAUGACAGAACACUGACAUUAGGAUAAACACAUAUGGGUACGGUAAAAAAAAAAAAAAAAAGUCUGUACAAAAAAGGUAAAA